UUUCCGGAAGCUGGUGCUUUCCACGGUCACUGUGGAGUCGGCUUUGUCGCUGUCUGUUCAACACCAAGAGGAAACCUGAGCUGACUACCCAGACCAAAGGUGUAUUUAGGGGAAGCAGUUAUGGGCGCUAUCGCUGUGGAUUUUUAUUUUAUGUCAAUAAGUAAUCUAUAAAGUGCCAGCAUGGGAAAGAAACGGACAAAGGGAAAAACUGGUCCAGUUGAUGAUUCUUCUGAAUCUUUAGAACCUAUGUGCAGACACAUUCGCAAAGGAUUGGAACAAGGUAAUUUGAAAAAGGCUUUAGUGAAUGUAGAAUGGAAUAUUUGCCAAGACUGUAAACUGGACAAUAAAAUAAAAGAUCAGUCUGAAGAAGAAACAGAAGAAACUCCUUCAGUUUGGCUAUGUCUUAAAUGUGGCCAUCAGGUUCUUGUUAGAUAUUUCAGGUGUUACAUGUGUGACAAUGAAGUCCAGUAUUGCAGUUCAGGCCGAUUGGGCCAAGUGGUUGAUUAUGUUAGAAAACAAGCAAGUGUUACAACUCCAAAACCAGCAGUUGCUUUACUACAUUCACAGUGGGCCUGUAAUCUCGUCUCGCUGCUGAGUGGCUUUGACUUGAACAUGUUAUUUGCCAGCCAGUUUGAACCACCAGUGAUACGUGAAAAUCCUCCCAAGAAUUCUGCUUCCCAGACUACAGUGAAAGGACUCAGUAAUUUGGGAAAUACAUGUUUCUUCAAUGCAGUUAUGCAGAAUUUGUCACAAACACCAGUGCUUAGAGAACUACUAAAGGAAGUGAAAAUGUCUGGAGCAGUUAUAAAAAUUGAACCUCCUGAUUUGGCACUUCAGGAACCCCUAGAAAUAAGCCUUGAGCCUCCUGGCCCUCUGACUAUAGCCAUGAACCAGUUUCUCAAUGAGAUGCAGGAGACCCAGAAGGGAAUCGUGACACCUAAAGAACUCUUUGCUCAGGUCUGUAAAAAGGCAGUGCGGUUUAGAGGCUACCAGCAGCAAGACAGCCAGGAGCUACUUCGCUAUUUAUUGGAUGGGAUGAGAGCAGAAGAAAACCAAAGAGUGAGUAAAGGAAUUCUUAAAGCAUUUGGUAAUUCUACUGAAAAAUUGGAUGAAGAACUAAAAAAUAAAGUGAAAGAUUAUGAAAAGAAAAAAUCAGUACCAAGUUUUGUGGAUCGCAUCUUUGGCGGUGAACUAACCAGUACAAUCAUGUGUGAUGAAUGCAGGACUGUCUCCUUGGUUCAUGAAUCGUUCCUUGAUUUGUCACUUCCAGUUUUAGAUGAUCAGAGUGUUAAGAAAAGUAUAAAUGAUAAAAAUCUGAAAAAGACAAUGGAGGAUGACAGUAAAGAGAGUGAAGACGAAAAAGAUAAUGAUAGCUACAUGAAAGAGAGAAAGGAUAUCCCUUCAGGAACAAGUAAGCACUUACAGAAGAAAGCAAAGAAGUUAGCCAAGAAGCAAGCCAAGAAUGAAAGAAGGCAACAAAAAAUUCAAGGAAAAGUUCUUCAUGUAAAUAAUAUCUAUACUGUUGACCAGCCUGAAGAUAAUGCGUGUGAGGCUGAAACAUCACUUCAGGAAGAAAUGGAUAUUAAAUCCACCAAUAUCUCACAAGAGGAAGUUGCUUAUGAAGAAUUUUGUGUUAAUCAGAAAGAUUUGAAUGGCCAAGAAAAAGCAAUAGGAAGCAUAACUGAUCAUCAGAAAACCAUAGAAGAAGUAGAUAUAAUAAAUGUCAACAUGAAUAAUGAUCUAGAGGAUUUUACAUCUUCCACUGACUGUGCUAGGACUUCAGAUGAUGUCUGUCUGAAGAAAGAGAGCAGUGGUGAAGUGGACAUUUCCAGUGAUUUCAAACACCUUAACUUAAAUGGUGCUCUUGAACCUGAAGAAAUAGACAUAGAGAUUCUGAAUGAUGGUCAUGUUCCUGUGACAAAGCUGUAUGAGGUUGUUAAUGAAGAUCCAGAAACUGCUUUUUAUACUCUUGCAAACAGGGAAGCUUUCAGUACUGAUGAAUGUUCAAUCCAACAUUGUUUAUAUCAGUUCACUCGUAAUGAGAAACUCCGAGAUGCAAAUAAACUACUGUGUGAAGUAUGCACACGGAGACAAUAUAGUGGACAAAAGGCAAAUAUAAAAGGUGAGAGGAAGCAUGUUUAUACUAAUGCUAAAAAGCAAAUGCUAAUUUCUCUUGCUCCUCCUGUGCUCACUCUUCAUUUAAAGAGAUUUCAGCAGGCUGGGUUUAGCCUACGUAAAGUUAAUAAACACAUAAAAUUUCCAGAAAUCUUAGAUUUGGCUCCUUUUUGUACUCUUAAGUGCAAGAACGUUGCUGAAGAAAAUACUAGAGUACUAUAUUCCUUAUAUGGAAUUGUUGAACACAGUGGUACAAUGAGAUCAGGGCAUUAUACUGCCUAUGCCAAAGCAAGAAGUGCAAAUAAUCAUCUCUCUAAUCUUGUUCUUCAUGGUGAUAUUCCACAAGAUUUUGAAAUGGAAUCCACCAAAGGGCAGUGGUUCCACAUCAGCGAUACCCAUGUGCAAGCUGUACCUGCAGCUAAAGUCCUGAGUUCACAAGCUUACCUCUUAUUUUAUGAGAGAAUACUGUAAGGACAGUGUUUCUUCUGUAAGCCUUAAUAGCUUUCUACAGUGGCUGUAUUAACAAUAAAAAAAUUAAGACUAUAGAUCAUGUUCACAUGACAGAAGAAAUCGUAUUUAAAAACCGAAGGGAACAAAUUCCUAGAAAAUUCAGUGGGUUGUGUUUUUUUUUUAUUCCUGCUUUGUUUCUGGAAAUUUGAAUUAAGUCCUCUGUGAUUAGUAUGUGGGUGGUGGGUCACGACAGAUCAAUAAACUGACUUACUCCCAAAACCUGUUUUAUUACUUACAAAGUUACAUGUACUUAUCUAAUUAGGUAAUGGUUUGAGACUAAUGAAACUUUAUUAUACUGCAUUUCAUUUUAUAAAGGUAUUUGGCAUAAAUUAAUGGUAUGUAGGUACCAACCAGUGUAUAGUCAAGAGAAGUCUGUGGUCCUGUUAUAUACAGUGGGGAUAAACUGUACCUGCUCUGUGCUACUCCAGCUCAUCCAGAGCACACCUGACACGCUGAGCAUCUCACACCUCAAACUGUAAUCUGGUACCAAGCCCAUCUUACGUCAGCAAACUUCUCCCUUCUUUGACAGGGAAACCCAUCUUUGUCAAAGCUCUAAUGAGAUGCAACAUCCCUACUACUCAGUGAAUUUACUUGGAAGAACUAGCUAGCCAUAUUGCUUCCAAAAUUCCUGUGAAACAGCAAAAGCUAUUGUUUCAAACACUUAUUUAGGGGCCUAUAUAUAA